AUGACGGCUGCGGUAAAAGCUAUAAACUCCAAGGCUGAGGUGGCGCAGGCCCAGGCGGCCUUGGCAGUCAAUAUAUGCGCCGCCCGAGGGCUGCAGGAUGUGCUGCGGGCCAACUUGGGUCCUAAGGGAACCAUGACAAUGUGAGACGGCGGUUGGAGCGGCGACAUGAAACUCACCAAAGAUGGCUGUGUACUGCUCCAUGAGAUGGGCCUGCACCCUAGAAUAAUAGCUGAAGGAUUUGAAGUUGCAAAAAUAAAGGCACUUGAAGUUUGGGAACAAGUUAAAAUUAAAAAAGAGAUGAAAAGAGAAAUCCUCUUAGAUGUGGCUAGAACAUCUCUACAAACUGAAGUUCAUCCUCAGCUGGCUUAUGUGUUAACAGAGGCUGUGGUGGAUUCUGUUUUGGCUAUUAGAAGACCGGGUUAUCCUAUUGAUCUCCUCAUGGUAGAAAUCAUGGAGAUGAAGCAUAAAUCAGAAACAGAUACAAAGUAA